UUCAAAAUACGUCCGGCUUGAAACCAGGGCUGCGAAAGAAUAGUACCGAUUGGGGACCAAAUUACCAUAAAUGGAAAGGCAUGUUAUUUUCUUUCAGUGUAACUACGUUGUAUGACAUUAUGUUGUGGAAUGUGUUAUGUGCGUAAUAGUAUACUGUCUACACUACAGGCGGUUGAACCAAUAUGUGUACUGUUGCUGCUGUACAUUUGAGCUGUUUAAUGAAAUUGGGUAGACUGGUCGAAAAUGUUACUGUAAAAAAGUUGGUUGGUUCGCGUGAUUUACCAAAAGAGUAACCGUCGCGCCUAUAAUCAUUUGUUUGUCAACAUUCACUCAGUCGUAUGCGCUAUAUCAUCUAUUCCUUCCUAGGAUAAACUCGCUUUACUUGACACCUUGUCGUUGCCGCCCUAUCUGGCCAGUGAUUGGCUGUUCGAAGCUUCUCAAACACGCCAUUGGUUGAGACAGAUGUUCAUCAGAGCGGUUUUUGCCUCAGGAGAGAGAAGUAUCGGCACUCUUACUUCUGUCAGCGGUACUCCAGUAUGAAUGUGUUGUUUGCACUUCGGAUAACAUAAAACCUCAUUGCAGAUGAAGUGAGGAUCGAGGCAGUGAGUGAUAUUUGAGUCGAAAGACAGUGAUGGGGACGAGCAGCCAGAGCACCACCAUCAUAGAAACUGAAGAUGACGUCCCCAAUUCCAAUCAGUUUUGCGAUGAAGCUGCAAUGUGCAUUGUAUCUGUGAAAGGCUUGAAAGAGAACUGGCAGAAGUGGUCCAAUGAGCACCGGGAGUAUCAGAAGCUCAACCCCUUCAGCCACGGCACCAGGCCCAGUGUGGCGGCCCCCCAGAGAGGCCAGGACGACUACGGGAAACCCCUGCAGGGCUCCAUGACAGAGCAGAGGGGGAAGGAUGCUCACACACAUAUAAGCAGAGAAGUUGAGGAGCUGUGUGAGGUGAUCAGGAACAUUGGGGAGCCAGGAGACAAAGACGGGGAUGGAGGAGGCGAUGGAAAGGUGGUGACCGUAGAAUUUAGGAAACUGUUCGAGCAUUAUGUGACCAUCUCUAAUAAACUGGUGGGGGUUCUUCUACGAGCGAGGAAGCAGAGGCUGGUGGACUUCGAGGGGGAGAUGCUUUGGCAGGGGAAGGAUGACCAUGCAGUUAUCACUCUGUUGCCGUGAUCAGAACAUUUAUGCCUUCAUUCAACUUUCAUGCAGUAUAUUGAGUGGCAAGUAUAGAGCUACUUCAUGGCAGCACUCAUUGUGGUAUUCAGAUAUCAGAAAGAUUGCAAUAUUUGUAUUUAAGUUAUGUAAUGAUGCUCUUAUUAAGACAGACAUGUUUGAUUUGAGUUGCUCACACAAGGAAAACACCUACAUUAGUAUAUGAGACAUAUUUUCUCCUCAUGCUACAAACAAUCUUCUAAAAAUGUAAAAAGUACAGAAAAAGAAAACUCUGGAACAAGAGUUAUUCAAAAUUAUAAAAUACAAAUAUAAAAAACACAAAUAAAGAGAAACAGAGUGACGAUGACACAGCUAAGAUAUUGUAACCAAAUCAACCUAAUAUGUAUUCUAAGUGGCUUCAAAAUGUUUACAAUUUUCAUGUUUACACAAUUUCACUGACUACAUUUCUCUGUGUUGCUUUAUCAAAUCUUUGCCAAACAAAUACCUUUCACUAUAUUCCCUUUGCUAGGUUUCUAAUUUGGUUGAUGAGCCUGAACUAAAGCAAAAGAGAACAUGAGGCUGCCUGUGACAGACAAUAUGGUGCUAUAGGAUGAACUUGAUCCCAGCGUGCUUGAGAGCAUGAAUUUAUUACAAGUGUGCUUUGUAAUUUAACCCUUUCCGGUUUGAAAUUUCGUACACCUGCACCACACUGAGAUAGAUAAACUACAAAUGCUGCUCAAAUGAAAUGCACUAUAAGCUAUGCACUGACUGAUAAAUGCCAUAUUAAAUGCUGCUUGUAAAAGUUAUUUCUUAAGGCAGUAGUAGAUUGUUAAAUUUGCAAUAACUGCUUUCGGUAUUAUAAUAAAGAAAUGAGUAGUG